AUGAGUACUGAACUUGAACAGGUCUUGAAUGUCUGGGACCGCAUUCGAGGGAGCAGUCCGAUUUAUGCAUUUCUUCUCAGUGAUGUCGAUAUAUACAACGCUCAGAAGGGUAUUUUCAAUGCCCGAAUUCAAGUUGCUCCUCACCACUUAAACUCAAAAGGGACGCUGCACGGGUCAUUUUCCGCCUCUGUCACUGACUGGGCGGGUGGGUUGGCUAUCGCUUCAUGCGGCCAUGAUACGACGGGUGUGAGUACGAAUAUUCACGUCAGUUAUCUCUCGACGGCGACAACAGGGGACGUUCUCGAGAUUGAGGGUCGUGCAGACCGACUUGGCCGGACGCUUGCUUUUACAUCAGUUGUUAUCUCAAAGGUCUCAGGAACGGGCCAGAAAACCCUGGUUGCGCAAGGAUCGCAUACGAAAUAUCUCAAGCCCACUUGA